AUGAGAAGAAUAAAGAAAUACAAUAAGAGAGAAAAAAUAAAUAUUUUUCUCUUUUUUAUAAAAACAACUUUUUUUUUUGUUAUACUUUUGACACUAAAUUGUUCUAGCCAUAGAAAAUAUGGUAAAACGCGUGGUGAGAAAAAUGACUUUGGUGACGCCUUCGACUUACGGACCAGGUCUUUAGCAUUAAAAUAUGCUAACUCUAAUAACAGCCCCGUGUUUAAAACUCGUAUAGUAGAAGAAAUUACACCUGCUGGAUUUAAGAAGUAUGAUGAAAAUUAUGAAUCGAAACUUUUUAAAUUUAUGGAGAGCGUAGACAAUGGGAAAAGAGACUGUGAUGAAAAAUAUGAGGGGUCCAGAUACGGAUUCAGGGAGUCGUCUCCCUAUGAGGUGCCUUGGAAAGGGGGUUACCAAGGACCAAAUUUGAUUAAGUUAAGAAAUAAUUUCCCUAUGAGACUGAAUUUUUCUGAUGAUGGUGACGAUGAUGAAGGUUCAACUUCGCUGAUGGACUCGCUGCCAGGUUCACUAAGAGCGUGUGAGAGAAUGAUUUACGCCCCAAUGAAAAAGAUUCGAAAGAAGCCAAAAGAGGAGGUAAAGGAAGAACCAUCAAAAUACCCACUAAGGAAUAGCAUGUCUAAUGGAUUAAGGUUAUAUCAAAAGGGCGAAGAAGGGGGUGGUUACAAAUUAAAAAAUCAGAUACCGGGGGGGUUAAGAGAGGGUCGAAGGAGUGAAGAGUCACGGGGAGCUGAACUGAAGAACAAGCCAAAAGGAGGAUUGGAAGGGGGCGAAAAGGGGGAGGAUUCACCGGAAAAUGCAAUAAAAAGCAAGCCCAAAGGAGGGUUAACAGAUAGGGAAAGGGGGGAAGACCCACAAGAAAUUGCACUGAAAAGCAAGCCCAAAGGAGGGUUGAAAGAGGGGGAAAGGGAGGAAGACUCACAAGAAAUUGCACUGAAAAGAAAGACCAAAGGAGGGUUGAAAGAGGGGGAAAGGGAGGAAGACCCACAAGAAAUUGCACUACGAAACAAACCAAAAGGAGGACUACGUGGGGCUGAACGGGGGGAAGAAUCAAUGGGAACUGCUCUAAAAAACAAGCCAAGAGGAGGACUAAGAGAGGUAGAAUGGAGAGGGGAUUCACAAGAAAAUGCACUAAAAAAUACGCCAAAAGGAGGACUAAGAGAGGUGGGAAGAUGGGGGGACUCACAAGAAAAUUCACUCAAAAAUAAGCUAAAAGGAGGUCUAAGUGAUGACCAAAAAAUAAGCCAUUUGAGAAAUACUACCACAAAAGAUACACCUCAGGAUGUGUCAGAGCAUGAAGAAAUAGGCAAGUCAACUGACUUUUCCACGAAAUAUAAGCAUCAAAUUUUGAAGGAUAGUGAAGAAAUAGGCAAGCCAACUGACUUUUCCACGAAAAAUAAGCAUGAGAUUUUGAAGGACAGUGAAGAAAUGGACAAGCCAACUGACUUUUCCACGAAAAAUAAGCAUGAGACUUUGAAGGAUAGUGAAGAAAUAGAUAAGCCAACUGCCGUCUCUACAGUACUUACACAUCCUACUAUAAAGAAGUACGAAGAAAUAGACAGGUCUGAUGAAACUUACAACAAAUAUAGAUGCCCUACUAUGAGGGAUUAUAUAGAAGCUGAAAAGUCAUCUGACACUUCUGCAAAAUAUAAAUACUCUACCAUGAGAGAUUACCCAGAAACGGAAAAGCCAUCUGAUGCUCCUGCAAAAUAUAGAUACUCUACUGUGAGGGAUUUAACAGGAGGAGAUAAAGCGUCGAACAAUACCCCACAUAAUAAGUACGCAUAUGUGAAAGGCUUCUUUCAAUUAUUUAAUUCGUCAGACCCUUUGGAAAGUGAUAACGCUGCUACCACUACAGAGGAAAAGGUAGAGUCAACAAACGAUUCGGCGAGGAGUAACUCUCCGGAUGAACAAAAAGAAAAUGAAGAGAAGGAUGCCAUACCAAAUAGAGGAACGUAUCUCGUAGGUCCAGGUGUGUAUCACGAAAGGAAAACGAAAGAUCUCUCCCCUUUUGCCUCAGCGAUGAGCGGUUCCUCAGUAGGAAUCAGAAUAGACGAUAAAAGAGAUGAAUUGUUAAAUAGUGGGUCUGAGGGAACCUCUCCUGGUGUGCUAAAAGAGAAUGACAAAAAUGAUCAAACAGGAAGUCCUGCCCGAAGGGAUAGUUUCCCGAGUUCUGAGAACGUAAAUACUGGCAGGUACGAAGCGGUAAGAAUUGGCGCACCAGAGGGACCCUCAAAUGUGGUUAAAGGAAUCGAUGAAAGAGUUGAAUCAUCAAAUAUGAUUCCGGGGGGUAUUACUCCAAGUACGCAUUCAGAAUCUACAGGAGGGGUAGAUCUACAAAAUGUUUUAAAGGAUAAUAUCUCUACAUCUAUGGUUACACAUUCGGAAGGAAAAGUUGAGCUGCCAGGUGUAGCUGAUGAACCCAUGGAAAAAGUUCAGCGGCCAAGCGUUUUCCCUGAGAAUACCCCAAUUUCUGUAGUUACCCUUUAUGAAGGAACAGUUGAACUACCGAGUGUAGCUACAGAAUUGGAUAAACAAAUUGAGGCACCAACUGUAGCUGAUGAACCCAUGGAAAAAGUUCAGCCACCAAGUGUUUACCCUGAGGACGCCCCCAUUUCUGUAGUUACCCUUUCUGAAAAAAAAGUGGAGUCUUCCAUUAGCUCCCCGGUGAGCAAAUUCCCAACUGUCAUUAGCGAAACUGAUGAGAAGAAUGAGACACCUUCUGUAGCGGAUGAACCCAUGGAAAAGGUUCAGCCGCCAAGUGUUUAUCCUCAGGAUACCCCCAUUUCUGUAGUUACCCAUUCUGAAGAAAAAGUGGAGUCUUCCAUUAGCUCCACGGAGAGCAAUUUCCCAGCUGUUAUUAGCGAAACUGGUGAGAAGAUUGAGACACCAUCAGUAGAUAAUGAACCCAUGGAAAAGGUUCAGCCGCCGAGUGUUUAUCCUCAGGAUACCCCCAUUUCUGCAGUUACCCGUUCUGAAGAAAAAGCGGAGUCUUCCAUUAGCCCCCCGGAGAGCAAAUUCUCAUCUGUGAUUAGCGAAACGGAUGAGAAGAAUGAAACAUCGAAUGUUAAUAUUAGGGAUCAUUCUUUUGAAGAUUUAAACAAAGGUGAUAAAAAGGAAGAACCGUUAAAUGCUGCAAACCAUCUCGUAGGUCCAGGUGUGUAUCAUGAAAGGAAAACGAAAGAUCUGUCCCCCUUUGCCUCGGCGAUGAGCGGUUCUCCCAUAGGAAUCAGAAUAGAUGAUAAAAAAGAUGAAUCGUUAAGUAUAGGAACUGAGGGAGCCUCUCCUAAUGUGUUAAAAGAGCAUGAUAAGAAUAGCGCAACAGAAAAAGAAGGAAAUGCUGAAACCACAAAUGAUCUAACAAAGUCUGAAAAGAAAGAUGAAGUGCCAACUGGUUCCUGGAAACAUGCGUAUCCUAGUAUAGUCGAACCUGAUAAGAAAGACCCAUUUGCUUAUGCGACGUGGAAGUGCCUACACCCUAAGGUAAACGAAAUUGUUAGGAAAAAUCAAAUUUCAUAUUCGACAUGGCAAUAUUUAUAUCCAAAGAUAAGCGGAACUGAAAAGAACAAUCAGUCACCUUUUGCGUCGUGGAAAUAUACUUAUCCUAAGGGGAAGGAAUCCGAAAAGAUGGAUCAAAAAUCAAAUGCUACUUGGAAGUACCCAUCAUCUUCUUUUAAUGUGCAUCAAAGUGAAUCGGCAGGAACAAAUGCUGAGUCAAAUGAAAGUUCUCAGGUUAUAUUAGAAGAGCAAAGUAGGGAAAAAUCACCACCAACCAUUUCUUCAAUUGAUAAAUAUCCUGUUAUAGAAGAACCUGAAGAAUUGGAGUACGCACACGAAGGAGAUGAUGAAGAUGAAGAUGAAGAAGCUGAUGAGGAUGAGGAUGAAGGUGAAGGCGAAGACAAACAUGGAGCAUCGAAAGGUCGUUACCAGAAUAGGCUAAAUGAUUAUGCAACAGGUGAAAGAAAAAUAGGUAACGCAUCAAGAGAUAGAUAUCACCCUAGGGUAGAUGAUUAUGGGGAAGGCACAAACCAAGCUAAGUAUGCUGAACCGAAGGAUAAGUACAGCCACAGGAUUGACGCUUAUGAAGAAGAGGAGGAAGACGGUAAGUAUGAAGAAGAAACAGAGAAAAACCUACAUAAAUUAGAUGACUAUGAGGAAGACGCAGACCAAGAUAGGCAUGCCGAACCAAAAGCUAAUUACCUACAUAGAUUAGAUGAUUACAAAAGAGAGCAUGGAGAGGAAGAAGACACAUAUGAACAUGAAGAGUCAAAAGAUGAAUAUCACCAUGAAAAUGACCAUUAUGAAGAGUACCAAGAUGGGCAUGAAGCAUCGAAGGAUGAGCAUCGCGGUGGAUUAGAUGAUUUGGGGGAAGAUGGGCGUAUAUAUGAAGAUCCAAGAGAUGGAUACCAUCACAUGUUGGACGACUAUGAGGGAGAUCAUGAGGAGGAACAACACACAGAAGGGGUUGAAGAGUCAGCAAAUGAUUACGACCAUACGGUAGAUGAUUAUGAGAAGGAACAUGAAGGGGAAGAACACACAGAAGGGGUUGAAGAGUCAGCAAAUGACUACGACCAUACGGUAGAUGAUUAUGAGAAGGAACAUGAAGGGGAGCACAUAGAAGGGGUUGAAGAGCCAGCAAAUGAUUACAACCAUACGUUAGAUGAUUAUGAGAAGGAACAUGAAGGGGAGCACAUAGAAGGGGUUGAAGAGUCAACGAAUGACUACGACCAUACGUUAGAUCAUUUUGAGAGGGAACAUGAAGGGGGAGAGCACAUGGAAGAGUUUGAAGCGUCAAGAGAUGACUAUGACCACAGAUUGGAUGAUUAUGAGAGACAUCAUGAAGAGGAUGAAAUAGAACAAAGGUAUGAAGAAUCGAUAGAGAGACAUCCUGAUGGGUUAGGAGAAACUGUAGAAGGGGAACAUGAAGAGGGGGAACAUGAAGAGGAGGAACAUGAAGAGGUAGAAAUUGUAGAGGGAGAUCUUGAAGAGGAGGAACAUGAAGAGGCAGAAAUUGCAAAGAGAGAAAUUGUAGAGGAAGAACUUGAAGAGGGGGAACAUGAAGAGGGGGAAAUUGAAGAGGGAGGAAUUAAAGAGGGAGAACUCGGAGAGGGAGAAACUAUAGAGGAAGAACACGAAGAGGGAGAACUUGAAGGUGGAGAAACUCUAGAGGGAGAACUUGAAGAUGAGCUUGGAGAAUCGACAAAUGAUUCUGAAUCUAAAAGUCCUUCAAAUGAUUUAGAAGACGCGGAAGAGUCAGAGGAUAAAGAAGAAACAAGCCAAACUAAGCUUAAUGUCUUAACGAAAAAUAAGGAAAAGACCAAAGGAGCGAAUUCAAAGAGAGAAGCAUCUUAUAAAAAAAAAUCAAAAGGCAAAUCAAGUAGUUCAAAGGAACUCUCCGAAGAAGAGUCAGAUGAAGAGUCUGAUGAAGAGGUAUAUACGAUUGGUUCAAAUUCGUCACUAAUUAAAAAGGACAAAACUAGUAAAAAGGAGGAAAAGAAGGACAAAAAGAAGGAUAAAAAAAAAAAGAAAAAGAAAAAGAAAAAGAGAAAGAAAAGGAAAUACAACUGUUGUCUAUUAUUUUGGUUAUAG